CGUCCUUCUCUUCCCCGCAAAAUAUUGGUGGAAACUCAUUUGCCUAUAACGACCCCGAACGCACUCUCUGACCCUAGUAGCUGUGCGACAAAUACUCAUCCAGCAAUGAUAUGUGAGCUCUGGCGGGGUUCAUCUUCACAUGUUUGUAUACAGCCAUGGUCAGCUGACGAUGAUGAACCCCUCCCGGAGUACGUCGUGAAGGGUAAACAGUAGCCUCAGAGCUGCGAGAUUUCUUGACCGUUGCACGCUCUUACCUCUCUGCCUCCAUCGUAGAUGAAAAAGUCCCUAUCAUCAGUCUGAAAAUAUGGCAGCCCGUCCAUUGCUCUUCAGAUUGGCCUUGACCGCCAAGGUUGGAAGGCUGGGCACCCAGCGCUGUACUAGUAACGAGUUCAAACGAUCACUCCGCCUAUCCGCGAUCAAACCUGCACCUACCGAUGUCAUAUCAAAUUCUACUGCGACCAACCAAACGGUAGAACAAUCCCAUCAGGUGCUGCUUCUGACCGACAAGGCGAAGAACGCAGCAUUCCUCGGCGAAGCUGACAGCAACGAUGGCCAUGAUGUGUAUCGAGAAAUGUAUGGCGCUCCACAGCCGCCAUUGGACGCCAAGUAUGCAGCCUUCCUAGGCGAAGCAGAUUCUGAUGAUGGUUUCGAGACAAGAAGGAGCGAAGAAGGAGACAAGCACGAGCCCUUGGACCCCAGAUAUGCAGCCUUUCUGGGAGAAGCUGAUUCGGACGAUGGCUUCGAGGCACGAAAGGUGGAAGAACGCGACAGACACGAGCGCUUAGACGCAAAGUAUGCCGCCUAUCUGGGUGAGGCUGAUAGCGAUGACGGCUCCGAGGGAGAUGUCGAGUCCAACCCUGCCAAGUAUGACCAUAAGACCCAGGAUACUAGUGAGAGCGGCUUCCACGUGGAGCGAGGAGAGUCGCGUUAGGGCGAGACCCUCUCACAAAGGCGCCGUUUUGUGGGAGACAUGGGACUCAAUCUGUGCAAUCGAACGUGUCGCGACCUGCUCGAAUCAGUGUCAACAAGUAGUAUGAUAUGAGGACGGCGCUCGGACAUCUCGUGUCGUCUCCAUUCUGUGUUGGGCCGCAAGCAGCUUGUAUUAUGUUCACUCUUUCUCAAAGUUAUCGUAGUCCUCCUUAGACAUCAAGCUGUCCAACUCUGCCGAGUCGCUGACUUCGAUCUUCGCCAGCCACCCCUCGCCUUCCGGGCUCUUGUUUAUCGUGCCGGGCUUCU